AUGAGAAUUAUUCAAUCAAUUUUUUAUAUUAAAAUUAACUUAGUAAAUUUUUUUUUUAUUAUUGAUUUAUCGAUUUAGGAAGUGAUAUAAUAUUUAGUCACAUAAUUCAUAUUUGUAUGCAAACAAUGCCUUUAUGUAUACAAAAAAAGCAAGCAAAAAGAAAACAAACAAACAAAUAAACAAACAAACAAAGUAGCUAUUUUGUUUAGAUUAAUUAGAUUAUUUGAUAACAUUCAAAAAAUAAACUAAAAAAAAUAACUUGAAAAAGAAAUAUUAAAAAAGUAAAAAUUAAAAGAAAAACAAUAAGAUUAAUUAUAAUAACUAUAAUUAAACAAAACAAUUAUAGAUCUUAAUCAAUAUUAGUGGUAACUUAUUUGCACUAAAAUAAUCAAACAAUCAAAAAUAUAUAAAGAAAAAAAACUAAUAAUCACGAUAACAAAAGAAGUUUAGCAAGAAAUAUACAAACCCAUCUUUGCCAUCUUUUCCUCGUCAUUUUACUAUUUAAUUGCAAUGAUAUCCUUACAAUAGCAUGAAGUGAUCGAUAAUCAUUCCAACAACAUCUUUUUCUCUUCGAAUUCUCCUUUCAAAAUGUAGUCUGACUCCACUUAAACUACUGUGAAUAGUUACUAAAAUUCCCCAAUCGACAAUAAUAAUUACUAAGGAUAGCAAAGUCUUUCGGAUGAGAAACUCCAAAACAAUUACCAAAGUGAGAGUCUUGAGAAGUUGCGCGAGUAUCCUAUGUUGCAGCAACAAGAUUCUUCUACUGAAGAAAGCAACAACAACUAGGAUGACCUCUCGUAGAACACACAAUAAGUCGGAGAAGACACAAAUUAAAAGACUUUUUCACACUUACGCAAUCUUUCUUAUAGCGAAAUGAAAGUCUAAGACAAUCAACUAAAUGAAAAUGAUAUUUAAGUAUGUGGGGUCGAAGACGAUGAUGAUUCUUCAGAAGAAAAGCCACUCUAGUUACCCUUUGCCUUCGACGAUGAAGAAGAAGGGGAAAGUGCUGAUCAAAACACCUACUCAUGUGACUAGGAGUACUAAUCAGAUAUGUUUGAGUAGGAUUCAGACUUAAAAGAAUCUAAUUCUCUUUACUCUUGCAUAUCAAUCAAAGGAAAUAGAAAGGAAAUGCAAGACAAGUACUCAGUCUAUAUCUCUUAUCCUAAUCUUCAGUUUUACGGAGUUUUUGAUGGACACGGAAAUGAUAGUAUUGCUAAUUACCUCAAAAAUAAUCUGUUCCAAGCUAUUCUCUCGCACCCUUCUUUCUUUAAUAAUGUUGAAGAAGCUAUAACAAGCACCUUCAUUUCAUUAGACGAAUAUUUCUAAGAAAGCUAAGAGUUCUAAGGUAGCGGAUGUGUUUGUGUUUGCGCCUUAAUUGUAAAUGGAAAUAUUUAUGUAGCCAAUCUUGGUGAUUGCAGGGCAGUCAUCUUCGAUAAAUUUGGAAACUCAAGAGAUCUUUCUUUUGAUCAUACUCCUAGCAAUCGUAAAGAUGAAGUUGAAAGAAUUAUAAGCUAAAAUGGAUUCUGUUUAAGAAGUGGAUCUUAGCUUAGAGUUUCUGGUGAGUUAAAUGUGACUCGUGCCUUUGGCGAUAAAAGAUACAAACCAUUUAUCAUAGCCGAACCUGAAAUUAUAGUCUACGAUAUCUAUUCACUUUUGAGUGAAUUUUAAUUCAGAGACAUCUUCUUAGUCCUUGCUUCAGAUGGUUUAUGGCAUGAUUACAAUAUCAGUACAGCUAACGAAUUGUGCAGUGAAGGAUUCAUAGAAUUCCCAUAGAAAGCUGUUGAGAGCAUAUAUAAUGAAAAGCAAUGCCAUAGAGACAAUACCACAAUCCUUUCAGUCAACUUACAAAAUUACUACCUCUGCUACAUUAAUUCAUUGUAGCUUAUUGAGUCUCCUGAUAAUAGCUCUAGCAUUUGA